AUGCCUGUAAAUGAGUUUGAAAAUAUUGAAGAAUUAUUGUUAACAUUUGAGUCUUGUAGUUUAGUUUUCGUACAAUCUACAAAACAAACUACAGACUUCUUGAAAUUUCCCUUUUGUCUUUGUAAAAUUCAUCAUUCUAUGAUCAUGGUAAUGUCAAAAUGUCAAAUCUGUGGUGACAAACUCAAUGCACCAUUUAACACUGAUGACUGGUUGAUGCACAAAAUGUGGAUAUGUGUAUUGAUAGAAAAUAAACUUCCUUUAGUACUGAAACCAGGUAUGUUCAUAUGUGCGACGUGUAAAGGGCACGUUUCUAAAACAAAUCCUGGUUUCCCCCCAACUAUUGACUUGUCACUUUUACGGGGAUACAUCACUAUGACCUAUGACAUUCGUUUACAAUUAUACGGAGAAUCACAGAAUAACUUGUUCAAUGACUGA